GCCGAGGCCAAGGCCUCCCCCACUGAGGUUUCCUCCAUCCUCGAGGAGCGCAUCCGUGGUGCCGCUGCUGAGAUCAACCUCGCCGAGACCGGUCGUGUUCUCUCCGUCGGAGACGGUAUUGCCCGUGUCCACGGUUUGAACAACGUCCAGGCUGAGGAGUUGGUCGAGUUCGCCUCUGGUGUCAAGGGUAUGGCUCUUAACUUGGAAGCCGGCCAGGUCGGUUGUGUGUUGUUCGGUAACGACCGUCUCGUCAAGGAGGGUGAGACCGUUAAGCGUACCGGUGAGAUUGUCGACGUUCCCGUCGGGCCCGAGCUUUUGGGCCGUGUCGUCGAUGCCCUCGGUAACCCCAUCGACGGUAAGGGCCCCAUCAAGGCCUCCGAGCGUCGUCGUGCUCAGUUGAAGGCUCCCGGUAUCUUGCCCCGUCGUUCCGUCAACGAGCCCAUGCAGACUGGUUUGAAGUCCGUCGACGCCAUGGUUCCCGUCGGUCGUGGUCAGCGUGAGUUGAUUAUUGGUGAUCGUCAGACCGGUAAGACCGCUGUCGCUCUCGACACCAUCCUUAACCAGAAGCGCUGGAACGACUCCUCUGACGAGUCCAAGAAGCUCUACUGUGUCUACGUCGCUGUCGGUCAGAAGCGUUCCACCGUUGCUCAGCUCGUCCAGACCCUCGAGGAGAACGACGCCUUGAAGUACUCCAUCGUCGUCGCUGCUACUGCUUCCGAGGCUGCUCCCCUUCAGUACAUCGCUCCUUUCUCUGGAUGUGCUAUGGGUGAGUGGUUCCGUGACAACGGUCGCCACGCCUUGAUCAUCUACGAUGACUUGUCCAAGCAGGCCGUCGCUUACCGUCAGAUGUCCCUUUUGCUUCGUCGUCCCCCCGGUCGUGAGGCUUACCCCGGAGACGUUUUCUACCUCCACUCUCGUCUCCUCGAGCGUGCUGCUAAGAUGAACGAGAAGUUCGGUGGUGGUUCCUUGACUGCCCUCCCCAUCAUUGAGACCCAGGGUGGUGAUGUCUCCGCUUACAUUCCUACCAACGUCAUUUCCAUCACUGACGGUCAGAUCUUCUUGGAGGCUGAGUUGUUCUUCAAGGGUAUCCGUCCCGCCAUUAACGUCGGUCUUUCCGUCUCCCGUGUCGGUUCCGCCGCUCAGGUCAAGGCCAUGAAGCAGGUCGCUGGUUCCUUGAAGCUUUUCUUGGCUCAGUACCGUGAGGUCGCCGCUUUCGCCCAGUUCGGUUCCGACUUGGAUGCCUCCACCAAGCAGACCCUCAGCCGUGGUGAGCGUUUGACUGAGUUGUUGAAGCAGCCCCAGUACUCUCCUAUGUCUGUUGAGGACCAGGUUCCUCUCAUCUUCUGUGGUGUUAACGGUCUUUUGGACACCCUUCCCGUUAACCGCAUCACUGAGUUCGAGAAGAAGUUCUUGGCCCACAUCAAGGCCAACGCCUCUGACAUCCAGGAGAAGAUCAAGACCGAGGGACAGAUCUCCAAGGAGUUGGACGCCCGUAUCCGUGACGUCGCUAAGGAGUUCUUGGCCUCUUUCUAA